AUGCCUCGGUUCAACUUCCCCAUCCCCGGCCGGCGGUCCAAGGCCAAGCAGCCGCUGUCGCCGGCGCUCCCAUCACCCGGCGGACCCGGGCCGCGGCAGCAGCUGACGUCGCUGACCAAGGCCCAGCGCAUCCUGGGCACGUCCGACAUCAACGUCGACGGCGGCACGUGGGACGCCUGGUCCAACUCGGGCAUCAGCAUCAGCAUAUCGGAAGACGGCGAGAGCGUGGCGGACGAGGGCAGGGCCGCCAGGAGGAGACAGGAGGGCGGGCAGGACCGCGAGGGGAGGGACGAGGCCGAGUCGGGCGUUAUGCCGCGCGCGCUCGACCGGCGGCUGGCGGCGCUCGGGGCUGGCGGCGGCGGCGAGGCGGCGGGAGACGUGGCUGACGACGCGUCGAGCGUGCGGCGGCGAGGGUCCAGCUCGACCAUCGCGUCCUACUACGACAAGUCCAAGCAGCCGCUGUCCAUCUCGCAGCAGACGUCGUCGUCGGCCAUGGCCAUGGGCAUUCCCGCCAUUCAGCCGGGCGCCGCGGCCGAGAGGAAGAAGAAGCCGGCGCGCCUGGACCUGUCGCACAUGGUGCCGCGGCUCGUCAACCGCUCGUCGCAGGCCAACCUGCCGGGCGGCGGCAGGUCGAGCAGGGCGUCGGUCAUUGGCCGCGAGAAGUAUAAGCAGCCGGCGCAAGAGCAGGCGUCGCACCCGCCGCCGAUCCGCCAACGCGCCGAGUCCAAACUCGUCGAUCCCAAGCACCGGAACUCGAUGGCGGACCUGAUCGGCAGCGCGCUGAGGAGGGACUCGCGCGUUGAGGACACGUCCAGGAGCGCGGGGGAGAAUGGCGUCAAGGCCGCGCAGAGCCAGGCCAACGCGCUGCACAGCCUAUACAGCCACUACGAGCAACAGCUGGUGUUCCGCGGCAUGCUGUCGCCGCCACAGGCCGAGGACGCCUCCAAAUCGACCUUCUCGCCGUCCAGCCAGGGGUACCUAUCGCCCGACACGGUGGCGUCGGGGUCGACGGCCAGGCCCGAGAGCGGGGACCUGUCGACACCGCGCGACGGGGCCAGUGGCACCGAGACGCCCGAGACGCCCGACACGGCCGUGCACACGCCGCAGCAGCCGGCGCCGCCGGGCUUCGGCUCGAUAAGCAGCAAGGCGCUGGCGGCGGCCGGGCUCGGCGACUGCUCGGCCAGCGUGUCGAGCCGGCACACGCGCACGUCCAAGGCCAGCAAGCGCACGACGCAGAGCGGGUUCGAGAUGGACCUGAAGCAGAACAGCGUGCUGUCGCUCUCGUCCGACUCGGACGACGACCUGUUCGCCACGUCCAGGCCAUCGGGCUCGGCGCCGCCCGAGAGCCCCGGCGACCCGCCCACGAGCGAGCUGCCGCCGCUCCCGCCUGGCGCCCGCUCCAGCGUGGCUCUGGCGAGGAGGAAUCCGCGCGCGGCCACGCCCCUGGCCGCCACCAAGCGCGGCAACGGCGUCGACGCCAAGGCGGCAAAGACGGCCGCCCAGGCGCUCGCGCCGCCCACGGUCAACCCGAGGACCAGCUCCCUGGCCACGGCCACGGCCACGGCCACGGCGGCGGUCAAGCAGAACAUGGCGCGGGCCCCCUCGCGUCUGUCGACCACGUCCAACCUUACCAUCAACACCCUCAACAGCAGCAUCGCCAGCAUCUUCACCGCCGGCCCUCCCGCCGGGCUUUCGGUGCACUCGUCGGCGCGGCAAAAGUCCAAGGCGGGCUCGGUACGAGAAACCAAGAAUAUCGCCAUGGUCCCGACGCGCCCGACGCACCGGCACCAGUCGUCGACGGCCUCGGUCGACUUUUACCUGCGCCCGCAGCACAAUUCGUCGGCCCUCAGCUUGGAGGCGCCGCUGGAGGAAGAGCGCAGCGAGCACGCACUGGCGCAAGUCGACCACGCGCCCCAGCCCAAACCCCCCACGCGCACCACCACCACCGUCACCACCACAACGACAACCACCGAAAACACACAACCCGAGACGCCAUCGUCACGUUACAUGGCCGUGACGCGGCAGGAGGAGCUCCUCCUCGCGGCGCUGCGGCUCAAGCGCGCGCGCAUGCGCGAGAGCAUCCUGGCCGAGUACGAAAGCUCCGUCACGGAGUCGCGCACCAGCUCGCGCGCCGAGUCCCGCGCCAGCCCGCCCGCGCCGGGCGUCAACAGCGGGCGCAUCUCGCGCGCCACCGUCGGCGGCAGCACGGCCUCGCGCGGCCACCACCGCGGCCGGUCCAGCGCCAGCAACAUAUCCGUGGCGCUGUCGCCGCGCCCGGGCCACCGCCACAGGCUGUCGUCGAGCUCGUCGCAGCACCAGCACCAGCACCAGCACCAACAACAGCAGUCCAGGCGGUGUGCGGCGUCCCCCACGUCAAGCGGGCACGACAGGCCGGCGUCGCCCUUGUCGCCGCUGACGGCCGCGUUCGCAUCAGCCGCCGCCAAGGGCCGCAUGAUCCUCGACGCGGCGGCGGCGGCUGCCCCGACGCGCAGCAUCCUGGAAGAGUUCGACGACCUGCUGGACGAGGCGGACGACAUCACGGCCGCCUUCCCCGUGCCGGGCCGCCAGUCGACGCUGCCCGCGACCGCCGAGGACCGCCUGGCGCCGCUCGAGCGCGUCGAGUCGUCAAAGGCCUACCGGCGCGCCGCGGCUCAGCGCCAGGCGCAGAAGAAGCAGGCCCAGCCGCUGCCGCUGCCGCUGCCGCACGAGGCUGGCCUGUCGCCGCCGUCACGCCAACACAGCACGCGGAGCCUCGCACCACCCGUGUUGGCGCAGCACCAGCAGCGCGAGCGAUCGCCGCAGUCGGUUAGGAGCGCGCGCUCGCACCACCACCAGCGGGGGCGGUCAGGUCACAGCCACGCCGAUUCGGAGUCGUCGGACCGCCACCACAGCCGGUCGCGGGCCGCGGCGCCCGAGCCGGCGACGUACUCGCCCAUACCACGGAUGAAGGCGGUGCGCAUCAGCGCCGUCGGCGGCACGGCACCAGGCGGCGUCGAGAUGGGGUGGUGGGGCGACGACGGGUGA